GCUGGGACCGCUGGGUUUGAUUAAUACCUAUCGGGGGGGAGGCGGGGAGGUGGUUUUGUUGUGGAAUUGGAUAUCGAAAUAUUGAAAUACUGGACAGAGACCUUGGAGUGAGAGAGAUAAUGGGUUGGUUAUAUGAAGGAUAGAGAUGGAAGUCAGAAGUUAAGAAUUGACCGACUGACUGAUGGCCGUCGCUUGCUUAUGUGGAUAGGUAACAAACAUGGUUCGUUGUCGAGAGUGGGGAUUCUUUUCUUUUAUCUACACGUUGAGCAAUUAUAUCUGCAUUUCCCAGUGAAGACAACAAUAAUAAGCCCCAGAUGGGAGAGCACAGUGUAUUUAUUGUAUGAGCUAAAUCUACAUCGACUGACUACCUUACUUAACCACGCUCGCCUGUUCUUCACAACCCUACUUACUUAUCAUACCAGUGCUUGCUACUGCACUGCACUGCACUGCACUUUGACGGGGAAAGGAGAAACAAGAAAAAGAAAAGAGAACAACUUAUACAACCCCCCUCUCCCAGAAAAAUACGGACGUGGUGGUGGCACGAAAAAGGGAGAAAAACAACAGGACGAAAAACGCCACUAUGCAAGCCAGCAAGCAGUCAAUCAAGUCCCUUAAUAUCUCUGGACCCCUUUCUCUCUCUCAACCCCCCUCCAAAAAUUACGCCAACGAGCUAACACAAGCCCACUGUUGGCUUUUUUUGUCUAUGACCACACAU